AUGGAUAGUCGAGCUCCCCAGAACGGCCUCUCUUUGGUGAAAGGGCCGGCUCAACCGCCACUCUUUGAGCUUACCCUGGGCCAACUGGCAGAUCAGCAGGCAGCGCGCUAUGGAGACAAGGAAGCUGUCCUGAUCGGCUGGACGCACGCUCGAAUCACGUUCCGUGAUCUGAGCCUUCGAACCAAGGAGCUUGCACGAGGGCUGCUGGCCAUGGGUGUCGGCAAAGGCGAUCGCGUGGCAAUCUUCUCGGGCGACGACGAGCGGCGAAAUAAACUGACCGCUCGUGGAAACCGCCUUUCAGAUCCAUGCAUCCUUUUCGUUUCCGAUGAGGUAAAUCGCAAGCAGACAAUGCCACUUCUCCAGCACUUGCGGAAAAGGAGAGGCAGUAUCAACCACGUCGUCAUGAUCCGCUGGGACCAGCUACCUCAUCGUAUUGAGCCAACAUGGGACGAUGUGCUGGAUGCGGCCAGGUCCGUGGCCACUUCCGAGCUUGAACAAGUAGAAACAACCGUCGAUCCACACUCUACUGUGAAUCUCCAAUUCACAAGUGGCACCACAGGUGUCCCCAAGGCGGCUAUGUUGACCCAUUACAACAUUACCAACAACGGAUUCUUCAUGGGCGAAUACCUCGAGUUAAAUCCCGAUGACAUCCUUUGCUGCGGGCCCCCUUUGUUCCAUUGCUUCGGCCUUGUAGCAGGCCUCAUGGCCACUUUCACACACGGGGCCUGUGUUGGCUUCGCCGGCCGCGACUUCGAUGCCGCCCAGGUGGUCGAUAUGCUGGUGCGGGAAAGCUGCACUGCUCUCCAUGGCGUGCCUACCAUGUUCACUGCAAUUAUGCAACACAUGAAUCGUACUGGUGUGAAGAUCAAUACGGUCAAGAAGGGGAUUGCCGCAGGCACCAAGGUUCCUCCGGCUCUCGCAGCUGAAGUGAAGAAGUGCCUAGGUUAUGAGCAUGUCUCCAUCACCGACUCAGCCGAAGAUAAGCUCGGGACAGUUGGCCGUGUUAUGCCCCAUGCCAGUGCCAAAGUGGUUGACAAAGAGGGCAACAUCGUUCCAGUUGGCGAGCGUGGUGAGAUCUGCACUGCAGGUUACCUACUACAGCAAGGAUAUUACAAGGCCCCUGAGAAGACGGCUGAGGUUAUGAUCCGGGAUAAGGAGGGUGUUCUUUGGAUGAACACUGGGGACGAAGCGACAAUUGAUGAGAGGGGCUAUGUUCGAAUCACAGGGCGGAUUAAAGAUAUCAUCAUUCGAGGCGGCGAGAAUAUCUAUCCCCUCGAAAUCGAAGAACGGUUACUCCACCAUCCGGCUAUCAGCCAAGCGAGUAUUGUUGGGGUCAAGGACGAACGCUAUGGCGAGGCUGUCACCGCCUGCCUCGCCGUACGCCCGGGUAUGCCGAAGCCGCAUGAUGAGACGGUCAGAGCGUGGGUGCAUGAGGAGCUGGGGCGCCACAAGGCACCCCAGCACAUCAUAUGGGUCGGUAGGGAAGAAGCGAUCGCGGAAUACCCUGCUACUGGGAGUGGCAAAAUACGGAAGGACAUACUUAGCCAGUUGGCAGCGAAGGCCCUACAAGGACCAAUCUCUAAGUUGUGA